GGGUCUGGUGGUCGACUGCAUCUCAAACUCUCUUGGAAGACAGCCGCACUGUUUGGCGUACCAGUUGCAAUCGUUGGCAUAGCGGGGAUUUCCUAUUAUCUGUAUAAACGGCACCAGGCAUCCUCGACCGAGGCCGAGUCUGUUCCCAAAACUCCCCUGGAGUCAGCAAUCGCUCUGAAGAAUCGAGGAAAUAAGUUUUUCAAAGCAGGACAAUAUGCUAAAGCCAUACAGCUGUACGACGAAGGCCUUGAAGUUUGUCCAGAAGAUGCCGUACAAGAACGUGCGGCACUUUUCCAAAAUCGUGCGGCGGCGAAGGAGAAUCAACGGCAGUACGAAUCUGCAAUUGUGGAUUGUACAUCAGCCCUAGAACUUUCUCCCCGGUAUUUGAAAGCCCUCAAUCGUCGAGCGCAUUUGUACGAAAAAUUGGAGCAGUGGACGGACUGCUUACCGGAUGUUGUAGCAUGCUGUAUUUUUGAAGAGUUCAAAAAUGCGGAUAACAUUAUCUGCAUGGAUCAGACCUUGAAGAAGAUUGGACAACAAAAAGCGUUGACUGAAUGGAACACUAUUCCGCAUACUUUGCCUGCAGCCGCCUUCAUAAGAAACUAUUUGAGUACUUUAUGUUUCCCGUUUAUCUGCAGUGCAUUUGCUUGGGAUCCGUUCCUCAAAUCAGUCCCUUCAAAGAAACCAGUAUCCGCAGUCAAUGGCGCGGCAGAUGAGUCUAGCGGAAACGAGAGUUCAAACGCGCAUGAAGUCGAUAGUACCGACUUGGAUUCCACCCUACCCAGUCCGCCUGUGUCAACAGGACCAUUCCGGGAGGCGUAUGACAUGCUAGAGAAGGCGCUGGAUUCGCUGGCCAAAGGAGACUAUGAGGCUUCUAUGACCUCUGCGGCUAGUUGUGUUUCCUUGUUCGAAUUAGCUUUAGCAAAUCCUACUCCACCAGAAUCAUCCAAGCCGACAGCCGAUGGCGAUGAACCCAAUGACAGUGCCACUAACCCGACGUCAGCUGUCCCGAUCAAUGGCCUAAACGCAGGGGAGACCGUGGAACCAAACCCAGCGGAAUCUCCGUCCACGAAACCGACUGCUGAUCAGAUAGCAAAAGCAAAAGCGGCGUAUAACAAGGCGAAACUGCUGCAUGCGACCUACCUGGCUUUGUCGGGCCGUGCAGCGGAGGCCAAACAGCAGUUCCAGAGCGUUUUUGCUGAGGGAUCUGGUGCGGACACGGUGGUGCGAGUGAAUGCACUGAUCAAGUCAGCCUGUUUGUCUAUGUCAGUAGAUCAGGACCUUGCUGCAUGUUUAUAUGAUUUCCAAACUGCUCAAAGUGCUUGUCCCGAGUGCCCAGAUGUUUACUUGCACCGUGGCCAAAUCAAUUUGUUGGCGGAUCAGCUGGAUGAGGCAUUACACGAUUUAAACACUGCUGUGAAAUUGAAGCCUGAAUUCUCCAUUGCGCAGGACCUUGCUGCAUGUUUAUAUGAUUUCCAAACUGCUCAAAGUGCUUGUCCCGAGUGCCCAGAUGUUUACUUGCACCGUGGCCAAAUCAAUUUGUUGGCGGAUCAGCUGGAUGAGGCAUUACACGAUUUAAACACUGCUGUGAAAUUGAAGCCUGAAUUCUCCAUUGCGCAGGCUCAGCGGUUGUACACGCUUUACAGAAAAGCCCUUAGUGAUUCGAAUUCAGAGCGGGCGCUCAGUCGGGUGCAAGAGUUCCGAAAACUUUCACAGAAAUACCCCAACUGUUUGGAAACACAUUCCUUAUUUGCUCAGGUAUUGACGGAGCGCGGUGAAUUCAGUGCCAGUGACGAGGAGUUUGCCAAAGUCAUUGAACUAGCACCAGACUCUGGUCUAGCCUAUGCACAUCGUGGUUUGUUACAGUUGCGAUGGAAUCAGGACCGGGAUGCUGCAUACAAGUGGUUCAGUAUGGGAGCUAAGGCCGACCCUAAGUGUGAGCUGAUCCACGAACUGCUUGGUCAACUGGCAGUUGAGCAGGGCGAGUUCCAAACUGCAUUGGACCACUUCAACAUGGCCAUCCGCGAGGCUAAAACGCAGAACGAUUUGGCUCACCUGAUCGCUCUUCGAGAGGGAGUUAGCGCUCAGAAUAGUGUGUGUCAGAAAUACGGCAUUUCCGUCGCAGACGUAGUGAGCAACUUACGUCGCGAGCAGCAGCAGAUGAUGAUGAUGGGCAUGGCGUAGUUUAGAUCGCCAGUAACGGCAUCCAAACGAAGGUAUUGCAAUGCCGACUAACAUCAGCACUUUAGUUUCACAUUCUCCUUCUCUGGGGUUUGGUGUAUGUACGGGUUUGUGUACCAAAAACACCGCUCCGAUGCGCGCCAACACAGCAAUUUGGACUUCGUGCAUCUUUCUAUUUUGUAUAAUUGUUUGCAUCUUCUUCCUGACCUUCACCCGACCGUUGAUUUGUUCUGUACACUAGCUCACAUCCACCGCUUAUUUUCCAUUUUUCUCCUCGACCGUGUUCGGUCGGAACGACCAACUUCCUCAGUCUUGACCGAGCAUCUUCUCCAACAGCCCCUUCAUUCAAAAAAAGUCUCAUUCGCCCCAUUUUCCGCUAGCCUAAGGUGCUAUUUGCACGCACUUCGGUCGACUGAUGCGUACAGUUCUUUUUA